UAUUUCUCUCUAAAAUUUUAGCUGAGUUUCAACAACUGAUUUGUCAAAAUGGGACAUUAUCACAAAACAAUUGCAAUUUUCCUCAUUUGUUCAUCAUUUUUGUAUCCUCCCUUGAUCCUUUCUGAUUCAACUAAAGGAUACAUCAGAAUCAAACUAAAAAAACUGGAACCGAAUCACGAGAGCCAUGUUAUGUCACGCUCCGUGCCGAGUUAUUCCUUGAAGGUGCGUGAUGAAAAUAAUCCUAACGGGUCAGAUAUCGUGUUGUUAAAGAACUACAUGGACACUCAGUAUUAUGGUGAGAUUGGCAUUGGCACCCCACCUCAAAAGUUCACUGUAGUUUAUGACACUGGUAGCUCUAAUCUAUGGGUGCCGUCCUCAGAAUGUUUCUUCUCGAUGUCUUGCUAUGUUCAUCCAAAAUACAGUUCAAAAAUGUCAAACACAUACAAGGGAAAUGGGAAAUUUGCUGCAAUUGGAUACGGUAGUGGAUCAAUAUCUGGAUUCUUUAGCAAAGAUGAUGUCACAGUUGGUAAUUUGGUAAUUAAAGAACAGGAGUUCAUGGAGGCGACCAUUGAGCCUGGAGUGACAUUUAUGUCUGGAAAGUUCGACGGCAUACUUGGACUUGGAUUCAAGGAGAUUUCGGUAGGAAAUGCUACCCCAGUAUGGGACAAUAUGAUCAAGCAAGGUCUAGUUAAAGAUCCAUUGUUCUCAAUUUGGUUGAACCGCGAUGUCAAUGGAGAAAAAGGUGGUGAAAUCGUUUUUGGAGGUGUUGACCCCGAGCAUUACAUCGGUGAUCAUACUUUUGUUCCAAUCACGCAAAAGGGUUACUGGCAGUUCGACAUGGGUGAUGUUCUUAUCAAUGGCAAAUCAACUGGAUCUUGUCAAAACGGAUGUUCUGCGAUUGCAGACUCAGGAACUUCUUUGAUAACGGGCCCAACAUCAGUGAUCACCGAGAUAAAUAACGCGAUUGGAGUUGAGAGCUUUGCAAGUCACCUGCAAUCCAAAUCUGAAGAGCAUUCUGAUAGUUCUGCGAGGACAAUGGGAGUCUCGCGUGUUGAUUGUGCGAAUGUUGCCUCCAUGCCCAAUGUUUCAUUUACGAUCGGUGGGAAAGAAUUUGUUCUUUCGCCACGCGAGUACCUUGUUAAAGAUCGCGAGGGUAACUGUGUUAGCGGCUUCAUGCCACUCGACAUUCCUCCUCCUCAUGGCCCUCUAUGGAUCUUGGGAGACGUUUUCAUGGGUUGUUACCAUACUAUAUUCGACUAUGGAAAUGUGAGAAUUGGAUUCGCUAAGGCGGCGUAGAUGAGUCUAGAUGCUUGUUUUAGCUGAUUUGGCAUGUUGUUAUCGAUGGUUCUUGAAAAUAAGAAUGUUCAUGUAAAUGCAAUGAUGGAUUGUGGUUAUAAUCGUGAAGGGGUCAUUUGGUGAGCCAACUCAUAGUUUAAUCACAAUGAUUACAUGAUAUAAUU